AAGACGGCAACAUCGAUCGUCCCUGUGAGCAUUUGCUCUUGCGCUUCUUGACACUCCAAUUUGCCAGAAAGAAGCAAACAUCCAUAUUUGGUAGCAAUGGCAGCGUCGAGGUGCAGCACCGCCUUCGUCUUGCUCGUCGUGGUCACGGUGGCGGCGGCGGCGGCGGCGGCGCUGCUGCAGCCGGCGGAGGCGGCAGCGGCGGCACGCCGCGCCGACGCCCACGUGCUCUGGUACCCGGGAACAAGGCAGCGUAGCCCCAGCGGCUUCAGGGGUUUCCCUCGCUCCAGGCUGUCGCCACCGUCCGCGGGCAGGCUAACGCCGCCGUCGCCCAGCGGCAGGCCGAUGACGCCGCCGCCGUCCCAGGCGCAGGCGCCGCCGGCGCCCAUCUCGCCCCCGUGCACCGCCGCGAACCCGCAGCCCGGCUUCCCUGGCAUGCCGGUGGGCGGCACCGGCGGCUUCGGAGGGGCGUCGCCCUCGCCGCCGUCGGCGCCGACGGACUGCGUGACGCCGCUGGCGGGGCUGAUGACGUGCGCGUCGUUCCUGACGGGGAGCGAGGCGGAGACGCCGACCCCGCAGAGCGAGUGCUGCGGCGGGCUGGGCAUGUUCCUCAACAGCUCGGCGGCGGCGGACGACCGGUCGCUGCGUUGCCUGUGCCCGGUGAUCCUCGGCGACGUGAACCGCAUGCUCCCCAAGCCCAUCGACCCCGUCCGCAUGAUGUACCUCCCCAUCGCCUGCGGCGUCGUCCUCCCGCCUCAAGUCCUCUUCAUCUGCUUCACUGGGCAGCCGACGCCGCCGGUGGUGAACCGGAUUCCUGACUCCUGGAAGACCUCGUCUUCUUCAGCAUUGUCGCCUUGAGCUGGUGCCGACGAUCGGAUUUGGUUACUGCUCAUCACGCAGGCACAGUCUAUCCCGGGACGUAUCUAUCAAGUUUAAUUAUUAAGAUUACAAAAAAACGUGAGAAACUAGCUGGUUACUACCAACUUUGCAGCCAUGAGAGUGGUCAACGCAUCAUGGGCCAAUUGUGGUGUAGUAUUACUGAUCGAUGUAAUAGCUAGCAUGUUUUCCUUUUUCUUAUUGAGAAUGUAAACAAAAAUACAAGAGCAGAUUGCAUCUAAGGGAGUAUUGUUUCCCACUAUUA